AUGCUCAACUUUCUACUGUUAAAUGCUUUUAUUUCUUUGGCCUUGGCUCAAUGCUCGUUUUCGAGCGACAAUAUUGUGGCGAAUUGGACGACAUCAAACGGACAACUGACGAUCAAUUUCAUGAAUUCAAAACUCUCAAAUCAACAGUACACAGGAAUCGCUUUUGGAGCUUCGAUGACAAACUUGGAAGUGAUCGUUUUCGAAGUGAAAAACAAUAAACCAAUUGUUUUGACGGGACAAACAACAGCUCAUGGACCACCGACAACGAUCGAUUCAAUCACAAGCUCGAAAGCUCAAACUCUCAGCUAUAAAAAUGGAAUCCUGAUGGCUACAGUAACCCGCCCGAUUUCUUUGAUCAGCCCAAGAAAUAACAACUUGAGCGGAUGCUCGCAAUGGAAUUUCGUCGCCGCUUCGCCUCUCAAUUCUGAUGGAUCGAUCAGCAAACAUACGAUUCAGCCGAAACCGAUGAACGUUUGCCCGUUGAAUUGUCCGAUGAUGGGU